AUGGCACCAGGAUACACAGUGGAACCAAUACAAAUAGCAGCCUCAAAUCUGGAAUUCGACGGGCUCAAACUGCUCUUGAAAUCAGGGGCAGACCCUAAGGGAACUGGAGACGUGGAUGGUACGAUUGGAACGCCAAAUCGGGGACCUCUUCUGGCGUGGUAUGCCUGGAUUCGGGGGGAAAGCGCGCUUCACCUUGUGAGAAAACUACACUUCUCCAGGAUUGAUCACCAAGCGUUAUCUGAGUUACCCUAUGAAAAAAUCAAAAAGAUCGACGAUUUAAUCGUCAGCCAUGGUGCGCGCGACUUCACAUUACUGGAGUGUCCCGGACGCGAUGAGGGACCGAGUGGACCGUAUUUUAUCCAAAUAUUCUCAAAUCAACCCUCGCAAGUUGGCAAAGUCCGGGGUGGGAGUCGCUGCCAGGCUCGCGUCUAUUGGCCGACAUUUGGUCAAAGAAGCAACACUUGGUUCCUGAUUCAAGACCACCUGCCUGAGGACAGACUCCUGCCUCUGUUUGUCUGGCUGGUAACAGCGGAAGACGAAACCCCAACAGGCAGGUUCGGCUUCAGGAUGCGAAGCUGGCCGAUUGGCGUCCACCUUAGGCCUCCACCACCCUUUUUGCGCAGUUGCCUUCUGGGUCUUUCUAAAGAACCGAGAGCUCUUUAUCUUAAGAUGAACUCGGGAGCCCAACGUAACAGCCGCUCUAUCAAAGAAGGAGCGGGCAAGAGCAGCCAGAUCGGCGGCCUCAGCACCUACAUCCUGGCCGACUGUUGCCAGAAUCGAAGACCAAAACAGGUGGGGAGCGGCAAAGGCAGGAAGGAGCACUCAGCCAUUACCCACAUCGUACGACAGGCAGCUCUUCGUCUGAAGUUAAUCUCGGUCACCGGUAAAAGCUUUCGACGAAUGAAUGUCCCUGAAUUGACGGGAUUGUGUUUAGGAAGGAGCAUACAAGAAGCGGCAUUGAAGAGUGCACCCCUGGCCUUUUGA